GGAACAUGCGACGAGCUGCACUCAUCAUUACGAACCCGAAAGGCGGGGCGCAGCGAAUCCUCGCUUCUCCCAUGGCGAUUCCAAGGAAGCGAGAAGGGAAAGCAAUGCUGCGCAGUGACCGGAGGAGGAGGGAGCGGCCGCGACGGAGGAGGAAGACAGCACUUCUCACUCCCGGAUCCUGCCAUCGAUCGACCUCCUCUUCUUAGGAGAGGAGAGAGGCGUUUGCAGCAGAAGAUUAGCACCAUUUGGAAUCCUCCACUGUUCUGUUUACCUGGAGGAACCAAAUAUCGAGAAGCCACGGAGCCUGCCCUUUUCAAAUGGCUGUGCCAAUUUUUGUGAGACCUAAUGGUUAGGAGGAUUUUGCAAUGUUUGUAACACGUUAGAGCCAAGGUAAUCUAAUGGCUCAAAGGGAGGUUGUAAUUAUGAAGGAAGUGCUUCAACAGCGUAUCCUCAUAAGAAAACUUUACAUGGAAAUAGAGGAGGAAAGAGAAGCCUCAGCAACUGCAGCAAGUGAAGCUUUAGCCAUGAUCCUCAGACUUCAAGAAGAAAAGGCAGCAGAGAAGUUGGAAGCAUGUCAGUACAGAAGGCUAGCAGAGGAAAAACUUCACCAUGUCCAACAAUCUUUAAUCAUUCUUGAGGAAGCAAUGGAAGACAAGGAAAUUGAGAUUUCAAUGCUUAAUCACCAAAUUCAGGUAUAUAAGAGAAAUUUACUAAAUAAUGGUAUCAAUGAUCUUGACAUUGAAAGUAUCCAUUCACACGGAGAUGAUAUAAAUAAUGGCAUCAGCGAUCUUAACAUUGAAAACUUGUAUCCACAUGGAGAUAUUCAUGACCGUGAUACUGUGGACACCUCUUUGCCUCCAUUAAAAACAAGUAGGUUGCAUUCUGAGUUCUAUAGCAAUGAGAAUAAUCCGUGGGAGUCUUCUAGGCAAACAAUCUGGAAAACCAUUGGUGGCAACAUAGAUCAGAUUAGUGAGAAAGACAAACGAGUUUUGAAUUUGCUCAAGGAAUCCAAACCAGAACCAACCACAAGUAACAGGCCAUCCAGUUCAGGACAAGAUACUUCAUCUGGUUAUUCUUCAUGUCAUUCCAAACUUCAAACCGAUGCCUACCCAGAUGUUGAACGCAUUCCAGAUUUCCCUGCUCAUAACAAUUUACAGAAUCAAAAUGAAUCUGACAGAAAUGCAUUUCAUGUGGCUUGUGUCCAUGAUAUAUUUGAAGUCCCAGAAAGUGACAAAUAUCACACAACUAAUGAAUCAAGCAAGUAUAUCACAGAAGAAUCUAUGGUAGAAACUAAGCCUUGCAUUGAUAAACAAGACAUGGCAUCAGAAGGAACUGUAGAUGGUCAAAUGAUGGAAUAUAACUCCAUGAUCAUGGAUUCUACAGAUGGAACUUGGAAAUUGAGAGCAGAGUUUGAGAAUAUAAAAUGCCAACUUCAGCGAAUUGACUGUGAAAGCUUGAUGCAAAUGGAAGGAUAUGAUAGGAAAAAUGAGCAGUUGAAUUUGUUGAGUGAGAUUUAUGAGCAGCUGAGUGCAAUAGAAUGCCACCUGAAAGAAUCCAAAUCCAAGAGUUCCCCUUAUUACAAUUCCCAUUUGGUUGCUGUUAUGGAGGUAAACUUUUUCUGCUAUUUCUAAUUACUAUUUUGGAUGGAAACUUAUUGUUUUCCCUCUUGUUAGAAUAGGGACAACUUACCCGGUCAGCAUAUUAUCUAGUUUAAGUUCAUAGUUCUAGAUUAAUUAGUUAUUUUAUGAUCCAUAAAAUGGUUGUAUUUCUAUUUGAAUGCUAAUAAAGAUUUUCAAGAUUC